AUUUGUCACUGAAUGAUAAAGCUGUGGUCGACAGUAACUUCCGUAGCCUAUAGUCUUGAAAAGUGCAUCAGAUCAGGAUCAUCUGCUCUUAAAACGAUCCAGUGGCUCCUCCUCUUUCGGUGAUGAAACCAUAUCAAGGAACCUCCUUAAUUAGUGAACUUUUUUUCGUGUUCCGUCUCUUCUCCUCUCCGAGAGCUCUUGAUCGCAUAUGAUGUCCUGACAGCGCCUGACCUUUCAUCUCCAGCACGCUCUCGCUGCGGUUUGACGAAGAGACAUGGAUCAGAAAGAAUCAACGGCGCUGCAAAAGCUGAGCUCCUUCAGUAUCAAGAGUCUGCUGCUUCCGUCUAAAAGCGACAAACACGGCACAACGCGUGCCGAGAACAACAAGCUGCUGUCGGGCACCGAUCCGAGACGACCUGCGGAGGCCCCCGGGAUGCAGCUGGACGCGGAGAAAGACAAAGAUGCUGCAGAAGAACCCGGCAAAAACAAGCUCGACAAGCCGCCCUUCAGCUACAACGCGCUGAUUAUGAUGGCAAUCAGACAGAGCCCCGAGAAGAGACUGACGCUUAACGGAAUCUACGAGUUCAUCAUAAAGAACUUCCCGUUCUACCGGGAGCACAAGCAGGGCUGGCAGAACUCCAUCCGCCACAAUCUGAGUCUCAAUAAAUGCUUCGUUAAAGUGCCGAGACAUUACGAUGACCCGGGCAAAGGCAACUACUGGAUGCUGGACCCCUCGAGCGACGACGUGUUCAUCGGCGGAACGACGGGCAAACUCCGGAGACGCUCGGCCACCUCCAGAGGAAAGCUGGCUAUCAGACGAGGACUUCGGUUUCCCCCGCUGGGGCUGGGAAUAAACGAGACGGCGAACAAUCCUCUGUACUGGCAGAUCUCGCCUUUCUUAUCGUUACACCAUCAGCAUUACAACGGAACGCCGCACGGGUUUCUGAAUCAAGCGCACGGUUACGGUUCUUUGGUCCCCGGCGGCCGGGAGCUGGAGCGGGCCGUUCUGGGGAGCUCCAGCGGUGCUCUCGGUCUGACGAACACUUACGGUAUGAGCUCGUCUCCCGUUGGGUUGUUAUCCGUCCCGUCAGGCUACCUGCACCCUCCGGCCCUGCAGCCGUCACUCACCGACUCCCUCAGGACCAUGUCCUCCUUCUCACCCGCUGUUCUGUCCCAGCAGGACACAGUCUCUCCAGAUGCGUUUUAAACUGGCGGGGAAAGUGAUUUCGUUGCGAUGAAAUCAUGCAAUCAUGGACUAAAUGCUUCCAUGCAAUUUUACGAACAUAAUUGAGCUGGUUUUCAUUUUUAUGCGCUUCGAAAGCGCAAGAACCUUUUGGUGAAAAAUUGCCAGUUAAUAAUGCGCCAGAAUAUUUAUAUACUGUUCGAAGUCGAGUUAAUUUAUAUUUUAUUUCUUAAAUGUAUUUGAUGUCAUGUACCCAUCCGUGAUCCAUUAAUCAGCAGUCCUGCUGAAAUGAUUAUGUUCAUGGUCUUAACCGGAGUCUAGAUGACAGAAAGACACAGAGUCAGAGACGCUCAUCAAGGCUUUUAUUUAUUUCCAUUUUCUCAGGUCCCACUCACACCCACACAGAGAUGAGAUAUGGCUCGUAUGAUAAUAAUGUGGAGCUCACAGAGGCAUGCAUGUCAAACAUAUGACUAUCACUGCUACUACAAACACAACGCCUUGGCGUCCCACAGUUUACAUGCACGCUGCUUUGUCUUUAUUUUGUUUGUCUUUUCAAAUAAAUAAAACAUUAAGGAAAAUCUCGGUCCAUAUGUGAGACUGGACGCACACUUGUUAAAAUAUUACAUAUUGGCCUAAUUUUACAAAAUGUAGCUACCGACAUUAGCUGCAGUCAAAUUAUUGUUAUAUAAAAACAGCCUAUAAAAACAAUUUACGAAUUAAUGUCUAAUUAAAAUAAUAUGCACAGGCAUAUAUCAUACGGGGUAAUGCGUAAACGAAUUAAUUAUAAGUUAGAACAUGAUCCAAAAAUCUACAGUGUAUUAGCAAUGUAUGCAAGCUACUAAAGCACUUCUUGGUGUUCCGCACGUCACACAGGACAGAGGUCCGAGGCUCACAGGCCGCAGAUAUAAAGUGGGCUGCUACUAACAUAGCCUUAUAAUCACUUACUUUUUGUGGAGAUGGAAUCCAGGUUCAGCCGACAUUAUUACUACAUUCAGUUAUUGAGAUUCAUUUUUUAGCACUGAAGGGAAAUGCGUUUUGGUAUUUACAGAAAUGAAUAAUUGCAAUUUGAAAUAAAUUUUAAAUGGCAUUGUAUAAUAAUA